CAAUAUGAAUUGCUCUCCAUCAAUAAUCAAGAUCCUGAUCCACGUCAUUUCGUUAAAAUGAUAUUUAAGUUGGAAGUUUCUCUUUUAUUCCUAUUAAAUAUCGAAAACUUUGCAUUCGUUGUUGGAAUGAUCUCAAAUAUUCUUCAAGAGAAUGACUCUAGCGGAAUAAUCCUAUCCAUGAUGAAAUCAUCAGAAGACAAUAUACAUUUGAGCGAAGAGCAUCUGCUAACACCUUCGUUACUAUGA